CAAUUUAAUUGUUGGAAUUGAUUUGGGCGGUCCAGAUUUAGGAACAUAACAUUGAUCUAGUUGUCGGUUUCAUUUGCACUGCCUUGCAUUUCAUCUCCCCCUUUCAUUCAGUUUCUUUCCGAAAAUCUCCUUUUUGUUAUUUCCUCACUCACCGUUCUCGCUUCCACUUGCAAUUUCCAAUUUACUUCCCGCCUGACCGGUCCGAUCCCGGUCGACCUCACCGUCAUGAAUUCUGAAUAUGACUAUCUGUUCAAGCUCUUGCUAAUUGGGGAUUCUGGAGUUGGCAAAUCAUGUCUUCUUCUUAGGUUUGCGGAUGAUUCAUAUCUGGACAGUUACAUCAGUACAAUUGGAGUUGACUUUAAAAUUCGUACUGUGGAGCAGGAUGGGAAAACUAUUAAACUUCAAAUUUGGGAUACUGCAGGGCAAGAACGAUUCAGGACAAUUACAAGUAGCUAUUACCGAGGGGCACACGGCAUUAUAAUAGUUUAUGAUGUGACAGACCAGGAGAGUUUCAACAAUGUUAAGCAAUGGUUGAAUGAAAUUGAUCGUUAUGCUAGUGAAAAUGUAAACAAGCUUCUGGUUGGCAACAAGUGUGAUCUCACUGCUAAUAAAGUCGUGUCCUAUGAAACAGCCAAGGCAUUUGCGGAUGAAAUUGGCAUUCCGUUCAUGGAAACAAGUGCAAAAAAUUCCACUAAUGUAGAACAGGCUUUUAUGGCAAUGGCUGCAGACAUUAAGAACAGGAUGGCUAGUCAACCAGCAGCAAACAAUGCAAGGCCACCUACUGUGCAGAUACGUGGACAACCUGUUAACCAGAAGUCUGGGUGCUGCUCUUCUUAAUUGGUUCUGGACUGUCCUCACGUGGCCCGGGUGCAUCCAAAAGUGGUUUCUGAGUUGUCCUGGAGUUAAUAGACUGUUUCCACCGUAAACCAUAAAAUGAUUUGCGCCAACUCUUGUUCUGCAUGCAAUUCAAAGAAAUUGUUUUUCUUUUUUAAUUGUUUAAUGUGUUGUACAAAUCAUGCGUUGCUUUGUGGUAGUGAACGUAAUUGUCAUUAUUGUUUCUCUACGCCUUCUAUGUCUUAAAGACUUUUGUGGUUCUGAUAUGGAAUAGGGUAAUGGAAUAGUGAUUCUUUCA